AGUCUGGAGCUUUUCAGUGAGCGAGCGAGCGCCUUGCUGGAGGACAAACGCCUUCCUCCCCUCCUUCCUUCCUUUCUUUGCUUCUUUCUUGAGGCUCCCUCCAUCUUUUCCUCCCUCCUUCUGUGGCUCUCCUUGCGUUCGUCGCCAUUCUUCCUUGCAGCGGGCGAGUUGAAUGAAGGCUGUCGCUGCCGUGCGCACACAUGGAUGCUCACACAUGGACCGAAGCUCGUGAAGCGUUCGGCUUGAUCUGGAACUCGAUCGACUCAGCGUGAAGAUUUGUUUUAUUUUCCCCCCCCUCCUCUCUCAAUUAAUUCCUUUUUGUUUUGAAUUCUCGUGGAUGCUUGCCUAGAACCGGCGUAAAAGUUUGUUUUGAGCAUGGAGCUCCAGAGCGCCAGCAGUACCUUCUCGGCUCCCCUGUCCCCCACGUUGGACUACGCCGGGCCCCUUCCCCCUUCUUCUCCUUCGGGGGUCCCCGGCCCUUCCCACGGCCGCAGCCGGAGCCCCAUGCGGGCGUCUAGCCCGGGGCCCGGCGGGGGCGGCGGCUUCUCGGGCCAGGCGGCCUUCAACUACAACCAGCUGGAAGGUCGCUUCAAACAGCUGCAAGACGAGCGCGAGGCGGUGCAGAAGAAGACGUUCACCAAAUGGGUCAACUCUCACCUCUCCCGGGUUUCCUGCCGCAUCACCGACCUCUAUGUGGACCUUCGGGACGGACGCAUGCUCAUCAAGCUGCUCGAGGUCCUCAGCGGCGAGAGACUGCCCAAGCCCACCAAAGGCCGCAUGAGGAUCCACUGCCUGGAGAACGUGGACAAGGCCCUGCAGUUCCUCAAGGAGCAGCGCGUCCACCUGGAGAAUAUGGGCUCGCACGACAUUGUGGACGGCAACCACCGCCUCACGCUAGGCCUCAUCUGGACCAUCAUCUUGCGCUUCCAGAUCCAAGACAUCAGCGUGGAGACGGAGGACAACAAAGAGAAGAAGUCGGCCAAAGAUGCUCUGCUGCUCUGGUGUCAAAUGAAGACGGCCGGAUAUCCAAACGUGAACAUCCACAACUUCUCCACCAGCUGGAGGGACGGGAUGGCCUUCAAUGCCAUCAUCCACAAACACAGACCGGACCUGAUCGACUUUGACAAGCUGAAGAAGUCCAACGCGCACUACAAUCUGCAGAACGCCUUCAACCUGGCCGAGCAGCACCUGGGCCUCACCAAGCUGCUCGACCCCGAAGACAUCAGCGUGGACCACCCGGAUGAGAAGUCCAUCAUCACCUACGUGGUCACCUACUACCACUACUUCUCCAAGAUGAAGGCCCUCAAGGUGGAGGGCAAGCGCAUCGGCAAGGUUCUGGACAACGCCAUCGAGACGGAAAAGAUGGUGGACAAGUACGAGUGUUUGGCCUCGGAGCUCCUGGAGUGGAUCGAGCAGACCAUCAUCAUCCUCAACAACAGAAAGUUUGCCAACUCGCUGGUGGGCGUCCAGCAGCAGCUGCAGGCCUUCAACACCUACAGGACGGUGGAGAAGCCCCCAAAGUUCACGGAGAAGGGCAACCUGGAGGUUCUGCUGUUCACCAUCCAGAGCAAGAUGAGGGCCAACAACCAGAAGGUGUACACGCCUCGCGAGGGAAAACUCAUCUCGGACAUCAACAAGGCGUGGGAGCGUCUGGAGAAGGCGGAGCACGAGCGCGAGUUGGCGCUGAGGACGGAGCUGAUUCGACAGGAGAAACUGGAGCAGUUGGCUCGCCGCUUCGACCGCAAGGCGGCCAUGCGGGAGACCUGGCUGAGCGAAAACCAGCGGCUGGUCUCGCAGGACAACUUCGGCUUCGACCUCCAGGCGGUGGAGGCGGCCACCAAGAAGCACGAGGCCAUCGAGACGGACAUCGCCGCUUACGAGGAGCGCGUUCAGGCGGUGGUGUCGGUGGCCAAGGAGCUGGAGGCGGAGAGCUACCACGACAUCAAGCGCAUCGCGGCCAGGAAGGACAACGUGAUCCGCCUGUGGGAGUACCUGCUGGAACUCCUCAAGGCGCGCAGGCUGAGGCUGGAGCAAACGCUGGGCAUGCAGAGGGUCUUCCAGGAGAUGCUCUACAUCAUGGACUGGAUGGACGAGAUGAAGAUGCUGCUGCUGUCUCAGGAUUACGGCAAACACCUCCUGGGUGUGGAGGACCUGCUGCAGAAGCACGCCUUGGUGGAGGCAGACAUCGGCAUCCAGGCCGACCGGGUCCGCAACGUCAACGCCAACGCGCAGAAGUUUGCCAACGACUCCGACGGGUACAAACCCUGCGACCCUCAGGUCAUCAGGGAACGCGUGGCCCACAUGGAAUUCUGCUACCAGGAACUCAGCCAGCUGGCGGCCGAGCGGCGAGCACGCCUGGAAGAGUCGCGCCGCCUCUGGAAGUUCUUCUGGGAAAUGGCCGAAGAGGAGGGCUGGAUCCGUGAGAAGGAGCAGAUCCUCUCCUCGGAGGACUGCGGCAAGGACCUGACGGGCGCCCUGCGGCUGCUGAGUCAGCACAAGGCCUUUGAGGACGAAAUGAGCGGACGCGCCGCCCACCUGCAGCAGACCAUCAAGCAGGGAGAGCAGCUGGUGGCCGACAAGCACUUUGGGGCCGACAAGAUCCGGGAACGCAUCCAGGACAUCCAGGAUCAGUGGGCGGCGUUGGAGCGGCUCUCGGCUGUCCGCAAAUCUCGCCUGCAGGAAGCGUGCAACCAGCACCAGUUCCAAGCGGACGCGGACGACAUGGACACGUGGAUGUUGGACGCCCUGCGCAUCGUGUCCAGCGUGGACGUGGGCCACGACGAGUUCUCCACGCAGGCGCUGGUGAAGAAGCACAAGGACGUGGCCGAGGAGAUCGCCAGCUACAGGCCCGUCAUCGACGCCCUGCACGAGCAGUCGCACACGCUGCCGCCCGAGAAGGCCGACUCCCAGGAGGUGCAGAGCCGUCUGGCGGGCAUCGAGGAGCGCUACAAGGAGGUGGUGGAGCUGGCGCGUCUCCGCAAGCAGGCGCUGCAGGACGCGCUGGCCUUGUACAAGAUGCUGAGCGAGGCCAACGCCUGCGAGCUGUGGAUCGACGAGAAGGAGCAGUGGCUCAACAGCAUGGACAUCCCCGACAAGCUGGAGGACCUUGAGGUGGUCCAGCACCGGUUUGAGAGUUUGGAGCCUGAGAUGAAUAAUCAGGCAUCACGGGUCGCCGUCGUCAACCAGGUCGCCAGGCAACUCAUCCACAGCGGCCAUCCCGGCGAAAAGGAAAUCAAGUCCCAGCAGGACAAACUCAACACCAGGUGGAGUCAGUUCCGCGACUUGGUGGAUCAGAAGAAGGAAAGUCUGAGCUCCGCCUUGGGAGUGCAGAACUACCAUCUGGAGUGUAACGAGACCAAGUCCUGGAUCAGGGAGAAGACCAAGGUGAUCGAGUCCACCCAGGAGCUGGGCAACGACCUGGCCGGCGUCAUGGCGCUGCAGAGGAAGCUGACGGGCAUGGAGCGAGACCUGGCCGCCAUCGAGGACAAGCUCGGCGACUUGGCCAAGGAGGCCGAGCGCUUAUCCUCGGAACACCCGGAACAAUCCGAGGCCAUCAAAGGACGCCUGGACGAGAUCACCGGCGUGUGGGAGGAGAUGAAGGGCACCAUGAAGAACCGCGAAGAGUCGCUGGGCGAGGCCAGCAAGCUGCAGCAGUUCCUGCGCGAGCUGGACGACUUCCAGUCGUGGCUGUCGCGCACGCAGACGGCCAUCGCGUCCGAGGACAUGCCCAACACGCUGGCCGAGGCUGAGAAGCUGCUGGGCCAGCACGAGGCCAUCAAGAACGAGAUCCGCAACUACGAGGAGGACUACCAGAAGAUGCGCGACAUGGGCGAGAUGGUGACGCGCGGCCAGACGGACGCGCAGUACAUGUUCCUGCGCCAGCGGCUGCAGGCGCUCGACACGGGCUGGAACGAGCUGCACAAGAUGUGGGAGAACAGGCGCAACCUCCUCUCGCAGUCGCACUCCUACCAGCUCUUCCUCAGAGACACCAAGCAGGCCGAGGCCUUCCUCAGAACCCAGGAGUACGUGCUGGCCCACACGGAGAUGCCGACCACGCUGGAGGGCGCCGAGGCGGCCAUCAAGAAGCAGGAGGACUUCAUGACCACCAUGGACGCCAACGAGGAGAAGAUCAGCGGCGUGGUGGACACGGGACGGCGGCUGGUCGCCGACGGCAACAUCAACACCGAGCGCAUCCAGGACAAGGUGGACUCCAUACACCAAAGGCACAAGAAGAACCGAGCGGCAGCCAGCGAACUCCUCAUGAGACUGAAGGACAACCGAGACCUGCAGAAGUUCCUACAGGACUGCCAGGAGCUGAGCUUGUGGAUCAACGAGAAGAUGCUGACGGCUCAGGACAUGACGUACGACGAGGCGCGCAACCUGCACAGCAAGUGGCUCAAGCACCAGGCCUUCAUGGCCGAGCUGCAGUCCAACAAGGAAUGGCUGGACAAGAUCCAGAAGGACGGCGAGGCGCUGAUGGCGGAGAAGCCCGAGACGGAGGCCAUGGUGCGCGAGAAGCUGGCGUCGCUGAAGAAGAUGUGGGAGGAGCUGGAGUCCAGCACGCAGACCAAAGCCAAGUGUCUGUUUGACGCCAACAAGGCCGAGCUGUUUACGCAGAGCUGCGCCGACCUGGACAAGUGGCUGGCCGGCCUGGACGCGCAGCUGCAGUCGGACGACUACGGCAAAGACCUCACCUCCGUCAACAUCAUGCUCAAGAAGCAACAGAUGCUGGAGAGCCAAGUGGAGGUGAGGCAGAAGGAGGUGGACGAGCUGCAGAGUCAGUCGCAGGCGCUGAGUCAGGAGGGCAAAGGCUCGGAUGAGGUGGACGGCCAGCGCAGGAGCGUGGAGAGCAAGUUUGGCGCUCUGCGGGCGCCGCUCCAAAGUCGCCGCGACAACCUGAUGGCCUCCCGCGAGAUCCACCAGUUCAACCGAGACGUCGAGGACGAGAUUCUGUGGGUGGAGGAGAGGAUGCCCUUGGCCACGUCCACGGACCACGGCCACAACCUCCAAACAGUGCAGCUCCUUAUCAAAAAGAACCAGACGCUCCAGAAGGAGAUCCAGGGCCACCAGCCGCGCUAUGACGACAUCUUUGAGCGCAGCCAGCACAUCCUGCGGCAGGAGCGUCCCACGGGCGAGCUGAUCCGCCAGCGUCUGGCGGAGCUGCGCUCGCUGUGGGAGCAGAUCCGCAAGGAGACGGAGAAGCGCCACGCCCGCCUGAGCGAGGCGCACGAGGCGCAGCAGUACUACUUUGACGCCGCCGAGGCCGAAGCCUGGAUGAGCGAGCAGGAACUCUACAUGAUGUCCGAGGAGAAGGCCAAGGACGAGCAGAGUUCGGUGGCCAUGUUGAAGAAGCAUCAGAUCCUGGAGCAGGCGGUGGAGGAUUACGCAGACACCGUCCACCAGCUGUCCGCCACGAGCCGAGGCCUGGUGGCCGCCGAACACCCCGACAGCGAGCGCAUCGGCAUGCGUCAGUCGCAGGUGGACAAGCUGUACGCCGGACUGAAGGAUCUGUCGGAGGAGCGGCGGGGCAAGCUGGACGAGCGCUUCCGCCUCUUCCAGCUCAACCGGGAAGUGGACGACUUGGAGCAGUGGAUCGCCGAGAGGGAAGUGGUGGCCGGCUCGCACGAGCUCGGGCAGGACUACGAGCACGUCACUAUGCUGCAGGAGCGCUUCCGAGAGUUCGCCCGCGACACGGGCAACAUCGGGCAGGAGCGCGUGGACGGCGUCAACCGUCUGGCGGACGAGCUGAUCAACGCGGGCCACGGGGACGCGGCCACAGUGGCCGAGUGGAAGGACGGCCUGAACGAGGCCUGGGCCGACCUGCUGGAGCUGAUCGACACGCGCACGCAGAUCCUGGCCGCCUCCUUCGAGCUGCACAAGUUCUACCACGACGCCAAGGAGAUCCUGGCGCGAGUGCUGGACAAACACAAGAAGUUGCCCGAGGAGCUGGGCCGCGACCAGAACACGGUGGAGACGCUGCAGAGGAUGCACACCGCCUUCGAGCACGACAUCCAAGCGCUCGGCACGCAGGUGCGUCAGCUUCAAGAGGAUGCCGUCCGUCUGCAGUCGGCGUACGCGGGCGACAAAGCGGACGACAUCCAAAAGCGGGAAGGAGAGGUUCUGGAGGCGUGGAAGAGCCUUCUGGAGGCGGCCGAGGGCCGACGAGGGAAGCUGGCCGACACGGGAGACAAGUUCCGCUUCUUCAGUCUGGUGCGAGACCUCAUGCUGUGGAUGGACGACGUCAUCCGACUCAUCGACGCGCAGGAGAAUCCCCGCGACGUGUCGUCAGUGGAGCUGCUGAUGAACAACCACCAGGGCAUCAAGGCCGAGAUCGACGCGCGCAACGACAGCUUCACCGCCUGCAUCGAGCUGGGAAAGUCUCUCCUGGCCAGGAAGCACUACGCCUCCGACGAGAUCAAAGAAAAGUUGCUGCAGUUGACGGACAAGCGGAAAGAGAUGAUUGACAAGUGGGAAGACCGGUGGGAGUGGCUCCGACUGGUGCUGGAGGUGCACCAGUUCUCGCGGGACGCGGGCGUGGCCGAGGCCUGGCUCCUGGGCCAGGAGUCGUACUUGUCCAGCCGCGAGAUGGGACAAAGCGUGGACGACGUGGAGAAACUCAUCAAGAGGCACGAGGCCUUCGAGAAGUCGGCCGCCACCUGGGAGGAGCGCUUUGCCGCCCUGGAAAGAUUGACCACGAUGGAGUUGCUGGAAGUGAGAAGAAGGCAAGAGGAGGAAGAGAGGAAGAACCAGCCGGCAGCCGCGGAAGCGACGGCCGCCGCGCAACCAAGGGAAGGCGAGGUGGCGAAUCAGAACGGGCCGAGCAGCGAGCCGGACUCCGCCAGGGAUGACGCUUGCGCCGGCGGCGAGGCGGUCAACGGCGUGUCGGAGCCAAGCCCAGCGGGGUCCCCGGGGGGCGCCCGCAAAGCCAAAGCCGGCCAGCAGGCGGCCACGCUGCCCGCCAGGAGCCAGCAGGAGGCGCCCUCGGCCACUUCGCAGAUGGAGGGCUUCCUGCACCGCAAGCACGAGUGGGAGGGCCACAACAAGAAGGCGUCCAGCAGGUCGUGGCACCACGUCUUCUGCGUGCUCAACCAUCAGGAGCUGGGCUUCUACAAGGACCACAAGAGCGCCACGCAGGGCAUCCCGUACCACGGCGAGAUCCCCGUCGCGCUACAAGACGCCACCUGCGAAGUGGCGCUCGGAUACAAGAAGAAGAAACACGUCUUCAAACUCAAAGUCACUGACGGCAACGAGUAUCUCUUUCAAGCCAAAGAUGACGAGGAGAUGAACUCAUGGAUCUCCACCAUCUCGGUGGCCAUUUUGGGCGAGAAGGGCGAGGUGACGCCGAGUAGCCACAGCACGCCGGCGCCCGCUGCCACCGCCGCCCGCGCCCACACCAUGCCGACCUCAACUGGUCGCUCGGUCACCGUGCCUACUUCGGCUUCGGCCGAGGUGGCGGCGGCGGCGGCGGCCGAGUCCAGUCCAGGCAAACGCGACAAAGACAAGGAGAAACGCUUCAGUCUCUUCAGCAAGAAGAAAUAAAUUCUAGCGACUAACUCCUCUUUCCCCCUCCUCCUUCCUCUUCUUCCUCUUCCUGCUCCCGUUGGUCCCUCUGGUGCUGAUUGGCUCGUCCCCGGUCGCCUGGGGGCUGUUACCAUGUCAACCCAACCCUCUCGAUUUUACGCCGCUCGUACUCGUAAAACAUCAACUAUGAAGAAGAAAUCUAAACAAUAACCAAUUUAGUCUCGUGUAACGUUUCCACGUUUAGCCGUCCGGAUGCUCCUGCUGGGUUUCCUCCUCCUCCUCCUCCUCCCGGUCUUUGUCUUCUUCCCAUGCGAGCCACUCCAAGUGCGUCCCUUUGGAGCCGAAAGUGUCCACUCUGUGCCUAACAACAAUCCACCCUGGCUCAGAGCUGUAGUCCUGCUUAAAACUAGUUUGGGGGGUUUUAGUUCAGGUUUCAUUCUGGUCCAUCAUGGGUUCAGUUCUGCUUGAGCCCUGUCUUACAACCAGAGCAAUCCUGUCCUGUUCAGUUCAGUAUUGUCUUAACCCACAUUUAAUCCCAAUUUGUCACACUUCUGGCUCGAGAUAGAUUGGAUAGUUUGUUUUUUUUGUUUUUUUACCAGGUUCCAUCUAGGUUUGCUCCUGGUUUAGUCUGGAUUUAAUCCUUAUUUACACCAGGUUUGGUCCAGGUCUGGUUUAGUCCAGAUUUAAGCUUUGGUCAAAUCAUAUUUGAUCCAGGUUUGGUCCAAUCCAGGUUUAAACCUUGUUUUGUCCACAUUGAAUCCAGAUUUGGUUCUUGUUUCUUCCAGGUUUGGGCCUGAUUGAGUCCAGUUGUGACUUGACGUGAGCUUGUUGAAGGUUUUUGAGUGGUCCCGUUCUGUUGCGAUUUCAUGGCGAUCCUGUUUGGCCGCUGUUGGUCUUGCUUGGCUUGUGAAGCGUAUGUACAAGUUGUGUAUAAAAAAAAAAAGUCAGAAUAGUCAAAGUAAUAGUUAUCCGCCCUAUUCUCAAUUCUGCUUAAUCUUCAUACUGGAUUGAGACCUUGUUCGGUCCAGUCCUGGUUUAGUUCUGGUUUAAACCUUCUUUUGUCACAAUUGAACCCAGGUUUGAUCCAAUUCUGGUUUGAUCCCGGUUUAGUCCUGCUUCAAUCCAGGUUUGCUCCUUGUUGAGUCCAGGUCUGGUUUUGUCCAGAUGGAAUCCUUGUUGAGACCGGGUUUCGUCCCGGGUUCAAUCUUAAUUCCUGAUUAUGUACAAGUUGUGUAUAAGAAAAACUAAUCUUGCGUAUUCUCGCCUCUGCUAAUCUCCUUGGUGGACUAAAACUUUGUCAAUGAAGGAAGACUACAACUGACCAGAAUGUUGACCUUCCUGACGAGUGCUGGCCUAUCAAAACUUCGUCGUCGUCUUCUCAUCACAUUUAGAAGCACUAAAGUCGCUUGGCGCUGUUUGAUGGUCGCUUGCUUCUUCUUUGGCUUUUCUUUCUGUCCUUUUUUUUUCUCCUCUCUCCUCCAAUGAACUGCUGACCAGAACAAGUUCCUACUCAGCCUGGUAACAAAGCAGCCAGUUAGAGGCAGCCUGGCUUUUGGGUGCGCUUCUUUUGCACACCUGACUGACAAUUUUCUCUCUCUCUCUCUCUCUCUCUCUCUCUCUCUCUCUCCAGCGUGUCGUCUGUAUGCACGCCGUGGUCACCGUAACCGUAGUAACCGGCACCGAUAUGUCCUUAGUUCAUUGCGCACGAUCAAUAAAUGCCACAAAGGAGGUUUGUGUGGUGAGUUGAGGGGUUAUGAGGGGUCACUGCUAGUUGAAUGUGCACCUGUAGACACCCCCCUUUCCUCCCCCUCUCCUCCCACUCCUCUUUUGGUCUCUCUCUUUCUCUCUCUCUCUCUCUCUCGCUCUCUGUUCCAUAACUGCAAAAAGCCAUUAAAAUGCUUUUAAAACCUUAAAA